AUGCGACAUCUGAAUCUAAGUUUCGAACUGCUGCUGGACAACACGACAGUUACUGCCGAGGUCUACUGCGCUCAACUGCAAAGACUGGCCGACAAGAUACGCAAGGAGCACCCGAUGCUCGACAACGUUCUCCUGCUGCACGAUAACGCGCGCCCUCACAUCGCGAAGAAGACUUUCCAGAAAAUUCUGGAGCUCGGACGAGAAGUUCUAGCGCACCCACCGCACAGCCUGGACCUGCCCCCGAGCUAUUACCACCUUUUCCGAUCGCUUCAGCAUUGCCGAUCGCUGGAAGAAAAGCGCUACGAUGAUCAUGACCACCUCGAAAAUGACCUUCUCGGGCUUUCUUUGUCUCCAAGUAGCCGGAGUCCUACGCCAAAGGAAUCCGUGAUCUUGUGA